GCCUGUGUCCUUCAAUUUCAGUUAUUUUAUUCAAAACCUGCAAGGCUUGUGACAACUUAAAGAGCACGAAUGAUUUUAAAUAAACAAAACAAGAUGUACAGAAAGGUACUGAUCAAACUAUAGAAUAAUUGAUUAUAUCAUGACUUUUACGGUCAAAGCCAUUUCAACUCGGUGAUUUUCUGAGAAAUGUUUUGCGUUUCUAAGAAAACAAAGCAGCCGAAGGUUGCUUUGGUUUUUGGUUUUGAAAUAUUUGAUUAAAAAUGGAUGUUGAUGUUUCAAAUAUGAAUUUGCAGAUCUCGGGUCUUUGAUCGUAAAUAACCCCAAAUCUUUUAUUGUGCUAACAAUGUUUCAAUGAAGAACAAUUCCCAGGAAUUGGAAAUCGCGAGGUGGUUGGUUAUUCAUUAAAAACGAUUUAUAAGAGUUUUUAUUAUGGAAGAUUUUUCGCUUCCCUUUCACCGGUUUUCCCCCUUGGAGAACCAGUUCUUCGAGGGAAUCACCUUGAUCCUGAUCUGUUUUCUGAGAAAUCACCUGCUCCAUUUUAGGUUUGUUGGAAUUCUUUACUGCCUUUAUAACCGAAUACUUUUGUAUCAAGGUAGAUUCAUUUUCGCGUAAGAACAGUGUUUCAAGGACCAAAACACAGUCACAGGAAGAUUUUUCUGUUUGUUGGAAUUCUUUGCUGCCUUUAUAACCGAAUACUUUUGUAUCAAGGUAGAUUCAUUUUCGCGUAAGAACAGUGUUUCAAGGACCAAAACACAGUCACAGGAAGAUUUUUCUGUAAGUAUUUUUUGUAAGUAGUAAGUAUUGACUAUCUAAUAAAAGCGAAUGCAGUCAAAAUUGUUACGUCAUCUUGUUUAUAUUUCUUGCAAAAUUAAAGAUUGCAAAAUUAAAGUAUGCAAUUCUCAGGGCUUUUUCGUGUAUUCUGUUAAUCUUACUGCAUGUUGCUGGGAAUGUUCCUAAGAAAAAGACCACCAUUAUCUUGCUGUCUUUGUAGUCAGAAUGUGAUGUUAAGAAGGAAGAGAUAGGAUAGGAAUAAAAUAUAUUUACUAAGAAAUGAUGUUUGUUGUUUUGUUUUUUUUUCUGUUUAACUGAAAUGCGCAAAGGGAAACGAAAAGUUUAAUUUCAGUUAUUUUAUUCAAAACCUGCAAGGCUUGUGACAACUUAAAGAGCACGAAUGAUUUUAAAUAAACAAAACAAGAUGUACAGAAAGGUACUGAUCAAACUAUAGAAUAAUUGAUUAUAUCAUGACUUUUACGGUCAAAGCCAUUUCAACUCGGUGAUUUUCUGAGAAAUGUUUUGCGUUUCUAAGAAAACAAAGCAGCCGAAGGUUGCUUUGGUUUUUGGUUUUAAAAUAUUUGAUCAAAAAUGGAUGUUGAUGUUUCAAAUAUGAAUUUGCAGAUCUCGGGUCUUUGAUCGUAAAUAACCCCAAAUCUUUUAUUGUGCUAACAAUGUUUCAAUGAAGAACAAUUCCCAGGAAUUGGAAAUCGCGAGGUGGUUGGUUAUUCAUUAAAAACGAUUUAUAAGAGUUUUUAUUAUGGAAGAUUUUUCGCUUCCCUUUCACCGGUUUUCCCCCUUGGAGAACCAGUUCUUCGAGGGAAUCACCUUGAUCCUGAUCUGUUUUCUGAGAAAUCACCUGCUCCAUUUUAGGUUUGUUGGAAUUCUUUGCUGCCUUUAUAACCGAAUACUUUUGUAUCAAAGUAGAUUCAUUUUCGCGUAAGAACAGUGUUUCAAGGACCAAAACACAGUCACAGGAAGAUUUUUCUCUAUUUGGUUUGUGUCACCCAAAGGAUAAAACGUUUUCCCUGUGACACCAUUGGGAAGGCAUCAAAAUGUGUGACAGGGCCACUACAGCAAAAGUUCCAGAGAGCGUUAACUACCAUUUUACCAGGCAGUGUAAUUACAAAUGUGGCUUUUGCUUUCACACUGCAAAAACGUCGUUUGUCCAACCUUUAGAUGAAGCUAAACGGGGCUUGAAGCUCCUCCGAGAUGCUGGUAUGCAGAAAAUAAAUUUCUCAGGCGGGGAACCUUUCUUGCAUAAGCGUGGCAAGUUUCUGGGAGAAAUGGUGAAAUAUUGCAAAGAGGAAAUUGAGGUGCCCAGUGUCAGCAUAAUCUCUAAUGGGAGCUUGAUCACAGAAAAAUGGAUGCAGGAGUAUGGGGAGUUCGUGGACAUUUUGGGCAUCUCUUGUGAUUCUUUUGAUGAAUCGGUAAAUGAAAAGAUUGGUCGACACACUAGAGGAAAGAAUCACUUAGAAACAAUGCACAGAGUUCACGAUUGGUGCAAGAAGCAUCACGUACUCUUCAAGAUUAAUUCCGUGAUAAAUUCUUACAACGUUGACGAGGAUAUGGGCAAAUACAUCACUGAGUUGGAACCUGUGAGGUGGAAGAUUUUUCAGUGUUUGCCGAUCGAUGGAGAAAACUUUGGCGAAGGAGCGCUUCGCCAAGUCGAGCAAUUCCUCAUAACUGACGAGCAGUUUAAAGGCUUCAUUGAGCGACACUCACAUGUGCCGCAGCUUGUGCCGGAAAGCAACGACUUGAUGAAGCAGUCGUAUUUUAUCGUCGAUGAGUAUUUUAGAUUCAUCGACAAUGGAACCGGCAGAACCUCGAAAUCAAUUCUCGCUGUUGGGGUAGAGGCUGCAAUUAAAGAAAGUGGCUUCAUCGAGAAGAAGUAUCUUGACAGAAGGGGACGAUACAAUUGGAGCAAAAAUCCAACGUGCGAGAGUAAGAACCUCAGCUGGUGAAACAGGCUGCACUUAAGUUGCACGCUUGUAUUAACUGAAAUGAUAGAUACUUGUUGCAGUAAUCUGCAAUUCCUAAAUAUUUAAUUUAUAUUAUUUAUUGAAAAGAGAUAUUUUCAUUCAAAUUGACGAUAAAUCUGGCCAUAGAAUAAGUAUGUCUAGCGCCAUUUAAAUUUGUUCAUUUUUCUUACUUUUAUUGCCUUGUAUAUUCACGCAGUGCAACUUAUCAACGUUAGGCAAAAUCGUUUCCCCUUUAACUUUAUUUAAUCGAUAAUGUACAACAAUAUGAAAGGAUAUAAAUGAUAUAAAAUGAGCAACGAUUGGUUGUAA